GUAGACACUGCUCCUGCCACUUCUUCUGAGGUGACCAGUAAAAAUCUGUUUACGGUCCUCAUGGAAGUCCACGGACAACUCGUCCGCCGUGACCCACGUGGAAUUUUCGCAAACCCGGUAACCGACGAAAUCGCGGCCGGCUAUUCUCAGACCAUUUCACACCCCAUGGAUCUGGGUACCAUCUACACGCGGUUACAGUCGCGCGCAUACUACCGUUCUGCCACUGAUUACCUCGCCGAUGUUACGCUAAUGUGUGACAAUGCCAUGGUGUACAACGCUCCUAACACCGUCUAUUUUGAACGUGCCAGGAAGUUGCUUCUCUUUUGUCGGAAGUUGUUGAUGGCACCGUCGUUACGAAAACUAUGCGUGCAACUUGGACUCAAAGACGAGCUCACCACGGCUGAAAUGGGCGAAUCGAGUCUUUCCGGAGAACUCCCCCAACAUCAUGGCAAACUCAACUCAAUUUGUUGCCGACGGUUAAGUGGACAAGAUGGCGGUGGGGCUUUGCGGAGUUCUCGACACGGACUUGCAUCUCCAAAGAGGGAUUGGUAUCUGGUCCAGUCGAGUUCCAGUCAGCCGUCGUCGACGCAUUCACGUCUGACCAUCAUAUCACGAGGUGGUAGCUCCAGAAGUCGUGGUAGUCAUCGUCGCCAUCAUCUCGGAUCCUCACAUUCUCGCCCGUUUGUCCACAAGGAAAAUCCAAAGAACCAGACUGACCAUUGUUCAAGCAAUACUAGUCUGCUAUCGUCUGAUGGAUCUACUUUGGACGAUUCAUUCAGUCCUUCAAAAACCCCACCAGUGCACGUAACCCCGAGCACGGAAACGCCAGGUCCUUCACCUCGAAGACCUCGUGGGCGUCCACGGAAAACACCCAGGGUUGUACCCACAACCUCGGCAGAUGUUCAGCCACAAAUACCUCCGUGCAGUUCCACAGUCUCACCAAACAUUUCUUCACCCGAUCAAUCUUUCAGCCGGGUUACUCGCCGUGCUUCUUUCUCACCCAACUCAACACACACAGACUCAUCUCAAGUUGGCCUUGAUGAUUCCAUAACUGAGAGCACUAAUCUAACGCCAAGCAGCACACCUAUUACGUUUGAAACUACCUCCAUCUCCGCGACACCGUUCCCACCAGGACAACCACUCACCUCACAGUGUGAAUCGACACCUGCAUCUUCAAGCAUGUCGCCCGUUAUUCCCGCACAGGCCUCACCAAUUUUAUCAAGGAUCCGGAGUUCAUCAGAGCUUGGGAGUUCUUCAGUUGGAAGAAAACGUAAGAGGUCCGUGGAACUGACGUACUCGCUAAAGUUGGAAACCACGAAGAAGCGAAAUGAGCUUUCUAGACCAUAUCCCUUGAAAUCGGAUAAUAUCAGCAUGGAGAGACCCCGAUCUCCUCGGCGCAAGCGAGGCGCCAAAGAUACUGAGGAUGACACUGAUUCAAUCACUGAUUCUAAAGCUUCAAGCCCCGCAUCAGUUAAUCCUUCAGAACCGACACCUGUGAAGACUCGUAAAUCAUCGAUCGUACAAACAGAGGAGCCAGAAGAUGAGAUUCUUCUUCAAGCUAGACAAGCGGCUGCUCUAGCAGCUGACCGCUUACGCAGCAGGUACGCCACUCCCUGUGGACCGUCCAGGGAUCAACAUCAUGAAUCAGCUACUCGGUUUGGUCCUCGUAUCGUCUACCUGAAUCAUGAUAAACCAGGUGAAAUCACGGCUACCGAUUGUCCGAAGGCCCAGUCACGUGACACAGCUUUGGGAGAAUCAAAACAGUUGGAAGUCAUUGACCAUCCUUCUGUCUUCAAAGUCAAUUAUCCGUCAGCCUUUGUACGCUCGAUGACCGGUGAACUGAGUGAUACUCGGGAUUCGAAAACGAAUAGCGGACCGACGAAGACAUUGGACGAUAUUCGCAACAAAGUUGCCGCGAAUCCCCUCGUCGAACCACUCAGUGUUGAAGAACAAGAUGUUCUCAAACAAUUGGACAAGCUCAAAUAUGGUCCUGACGAACCUCUCAGUGCGGCGAUUCACGGGCCUUUGGCAAUCUUCUCUUCCGCCGAAAUGGGUCGCUUCUCGGACGUAUAUGGGUGUGACUUGACAGCUAUCGAGUACGCCUACUCGUUACUUCGGUUUGUUGAACCCAUGGGUCGAUGGGCCAGACGGUGGGCUGCCAAAAAGCUGGACGCCGCAACAGACGGAAUGCAUUCCCAGUUGGCCUAUUACUGCCAGUCCAGUGCUCCAACAGCGGACGCGUUAGCGACUGCCGAUGACGACAACCCCAAAGACCCGGAAAACGAUCCGUCUUGCCCACCAGCCACGAGUUGGAUGCAGUCCGUUAAUUUGACAGCGAUGUUGAGUCAUGUUGAAUUUGUUUCCCAUAUUCCUAUUUCAUUAGUUUCUCCCGAAGUCACUGCUUGGAGUCACUCUGCUCGUUUUUCCCCACAUUGCACCAUAUCCGAUCUCUCGUACUGCGCAGUUGAAGCUCCUAUUUUGAUCUCGCCUUUUCCCCUUGUUGCUUUCUCUGCUAGUUCCGCCGAAAUGGGUCGCUUCUCGGACGUAUAUGGGUGUGACUUGACAGCUAUCGAGUACGCCUACUCGUUACUUCGGUUUGUUGAACCCAUGGGUCGAUGGGCCAGACGGUGGGCUGCCAAAAAACUGGACGCCGCAACAGACGGAAUGCAUUCCCAGUUGGCCUAUUACUGCCAGUCCAGUGCUCCAAUAGCGGACGCGUUAGCGACUGCCGAUGACGACAACCCCAAAGACCCGGAAAACGAUCCGUCUUGCCCACCAGCCACGAGUUGGAUGCAGUCCGUUAAUUUGACACUUGAUUCACCUACACCUCCAUCUUCCCCGGAGCCGAUGAGCUUUCUCGCCGCACUGGAUGAAAAACCUGACCCAUCCCUUCUCCAGCUUGAAGUCGAUCCUGAACACACACCAAUGUUCAACGGCCUAGGCGACACUCAGCUGUCUCAAACUCCUUUCGUUUAUCAAGUCCAUGCUCCUCCCAGUGGUGAGCUAACUGCAACAACCACGGCGUCCUCAGACAGAUGUACCCAACAACCGGAUGCUCAAGCUUCACAGUUCGGUGAGCUCAAGGCUGACAGUACGAGAAAAACCUCUUCACACUCAACCCCCUGUCUACUGACAACCGAAUCUCCACUAGCCCAGGCUGAACCGAUUUUCGUCCAUAGCAGUACUGCUACCUCGACUCCCUACGAUCCCAGCUCCGCAAACUCAGAAACAUCCAGUUCAAAUGCUCCUACUCCCGCAUCCCGUAUUAUGAAACAAGAGACACAUGAGGCAGGAGAUAAAUCUAGAAUUGACCCCUCACAACACACCUCUGUGCUCAAGGCUGUCCUCAGUGUACCUGUGUCGGAGUUGAACCUCCUAGCCGACCGGGUCAACCACCACACUGUGAGUGUUUCUAGUUCAGUCGGUGGUGCACCGUACACGGCGUUUCCACAAACUGGAGACCACAUUGCAUCCGCUUCUCCCCAAACAUUGAUCUCUCAGACGUGCAGUCAAACACCACUUCCCCACGUCCCCGUAUCGGACACGAAGGUGAAGCAGUCUGCCCAAUCGACCAUGCCUCUUGCGUCUUCCGCAGAUUGUUGCUCAACAGAGAAGAAUGUUGUGACUCCAGAACCGACAGCUUCUGAAACGGAGCCCCUUGGGACGGCGGAAGAUGUGUGUCUUGAUGACAUACUAGGUGAUGCGUUUGGAAUCAGCACAGACGUUUCUCCGCCUACAAAGACUGAUGAACAGAUACGAUCAGUUGAACAAUCUGACGCAGGACUGGACAUGCUCGGAUCAGUGGAUGAAACAAAAGACACUGGUCUGGAGCCAGACGAAGUAGGCUUUCAUCAUGACAGUUCUGAUACUCAGUAUGAUUCUCAACGUGCCCAACCUGUGGGACCAAAUGGAGCCCUGUCGGCAUCUGAUAACAAUUGUGUGCGGUCUCUUAUAUCCGACGAACCCAAGAUCUCUCUGCCCGAAUCACCGAGUUUGAACGCAAACAGGGAGAAUACCCGUUUUGAUGAGAUUACCGUUGGUGAAUCUGUCAGCGGCGCCAAUACGCCUCCAGUCGAGCAACUUACGGAUGCAAACGAACAAAGAAAGUCAGCUGACGAGUGUUGCGUUCAUUCGAUGCAAUCAUCCAGUUUGGAACUAAGGACUGAAUCUUCGCCUGGUGUCGAUGGUACCGUAAAUGCUUCGCCCAUCGGACUUCCAAACACUUUUGAAACCGAGCAGCUUGCACGGACCGACGGAAUACGUUGCGAAGUUGAUUCCGCGCAGACAACUGCGCGCACCUCGGAUGAGAACGGAACUCUCUCACCCCAAUCAUACGCCUUGGAAACAGCGGAAACUGAGGAUCAGUUUAUUCAUAACAUUCUGUACGGUGUGUAUACCGAAACUCCGAAUGCGUCUCAAACUGAGCUGCCUUUACAAACUGAUGAGUUAUCGCGCCUGGAUGAUGAAUGUCUCGUCCGCCCUCCCGUAUUUUGCACCACUGAUGCCACCGAACCCCAGUACACAUCGAAGCCGAAUACACCUAAUCUGGACUCUGGUAAUGCUACUGGUAUUGACCAGUUAGCCAGUGAAUUAGUCGGUUCACAUACCGACCAAUCACAGGAAACGGCUGAAAAACUGCAAUCAGCUGAUGUCUCCCCAUCAUCUCCCGUUUGUUCUAACACCGCCCUUUCUCUCUCCAAUAUUGAAAAUCUAGGUGAAAACGAAGCUACUAACAGAAUGGUUCCGCAAUCAGGAACUUUAGAGACCAAAUCGGAACGUGGUCCCAAUGCAUAA